UGUAUGCAGUCUGCUGGGACAGAUUCCCUUCUUCUUCUUCUGGAUCCACUCCGGGUUUUGCGGCAGCCUCUGUGUGUUUCAGGCAGCUGAAUGCAGUCUGCUGGGACAGAUUCCCUUCUUCUUCCUCUGGAUCCACUCCGGGUUUUGCGGCAGCCUCUGUGUGUUUCAGGCAGCUGAAUGCAGUCUGCUGGGACAGAUUCCCUUCUUCUUCCUCUGGAUCCACUCCGGGUUUUGCGGCAGCCUCUGUGUGUUUCUGGCAGCAGCGCAGCGUGAAAGCAGUGGGAAGCAGAAACACUAUGGCUGCCACUCUGUCUCUCACUCAGCUUUCCACUGGAAAUCCCAUAUAUGACAAAUACUAUCGACAGGUUGAUCCGACUGGCAGUGGGCGGGUGGCGGCCGCUGAUGCUGCUCUCUUCCUGAAGAGGUCGGGUUUGGCAGACUUGGUCCUGGGGAAGAUCUGGGAUUUGGCAGACUGUGAACGUAAAGGUGCUCUUAACAAACAGCAAUUCUUCAUAGCGCUGCGGUUGGUUGCCUGUGCUCAAAAUGGCCUGGAGGUGGCGCUCAAGAGCCUUCAUUUGGCCGUUCCUCCACCUACAUUUCACGACACAAGCAGUCCGCAGUUAGCAGGAGGAUCAGCCGGUGACCUUCACUGGGUCGUCAAGCCUGAGGAGAAGAUGAAGUUUGACGCCAUCUUUGAAAGUCUGGGUCCAUCAGGAGGGAUUUUAACGGGAGACAAAGUCAAACCCGUCCUGCUCAACUCCAAGCUGCCAGUGGACAUCCUGGGCCGGGUGUGGGAGCUCAGUGACAUCGACAGGGACGGCAUGUUGGACAGAGAUGAAUUUUCUGUGGCCAUGUAUCUGGUGUACAGAGCCCUGGAGGGUGAGCCUGUUCCCAUGUCCCUUCCACCCCCCCUGGUUCCUCCCUCCAAAAGGAAAAAGCCCUCUGUGCCCCCCGUGAUGCCCCUGUUACCCUCGCCCCCCUCCGUCAAAGACAGUCGCUCCGCCCACGCUGCCUCUAAGGCCCUGCCCCCGCCCCCAAGACCCGCCCCAGCUCCCGCUCCCGUCCCAGCUCCCGCCCCAGCUCCCGUCCCAGCUCCCGUCCCCAACACCAGCCGCCUCCCCUCUCACUGCGUUUUUAAGAAAAAGAUCAAGAAGAGGGAUAGUGUGAAGUGGGUGGUGUCGACAGCAGAAAAAGCUAAGUACGAUGAGCUGUUCAACAAAACAGACGGGGACAUGGACGGCCUCGUGUCGGGACCUGAAGUCAGAGAUAUCUUCCUCAAAACCGGGCUUCCCUCCGCCACACUCGCACGGAUCUGGGAGCUUUGUGACAUCGGAGACAUCGGGAAACUGACCCGGGAGCAGUUUGCUCUGGCGCUUCAUCUGAUCACUCAAAGGCUGACUACAGGACUGGAGCCUCCGCAGAGCCUUUCCCCGGAGAUGAUCCCUCCAUCUGAACCGACAGAACAUCAAGCAGAACAACUUGGCGAACCUGUCCGCUGACUUCUCUGCCAUCAAGGAGCUCGACUCGCUCAGCAACGAGAUUGUCGAACUACAAAAGGAGAAGAUCACCGUGGAAGAGGAGAUCAAGGAGAAAGAGGAUGCCAUCAGACAGCGAAACAACGAAGUGCAGGUAAAAGUCGAACGGUUUGUUUUUCUGGGAGCUUUUCUCUGCUCUCAGUACAGGAAUAUAACAUUCCCACAUAAAUAAUUGACCUUCACCUAACCUUUCUUCUUCCCUUAAUCAGGUUU